AUGAGGGAGUGGUGGCUGCACGUGGGGCUCCUCUGCCUCCCCCUGGUGGCUGUUUAUCUGCACAUUCCUCCUCCAAAGCUCUCUCCGGCUCUCAGCAAGUGGCACAGCGCUGGGGAGCACUUCUUCUUCAGAGGUCACAAAGUUUUCUACAGAGAUUCCUUUGGUGCUUUGGGGAGUUCAGAUGUGGUGGUUCUGCUCCAUGGUUUCCCCACGUCAAGCUACGACUGGAUCAAGAUCUGGGAGCCCCUGACCCUGCGUUUCCACAGGGUCAUUGCCCUGGACUUUCUGGGCUUUGGUUUCAGUGACAAACCACGGCCGCACAAAUACUCAAUCUUCGAGCAAGCCAGUCUGGUGGAGGCUUUGCUGUCUCAUCUGGGCCUGAACCAUCAGAAGGUCAACCUCAUCUCCCAUGACUACGGCGACACAGUGGCCCUGGAGCUGCUCUACAGGAGUGACCAGAAUCGUAGUGGACACGUGCAUCUGAACAGUCUGUGCUUGUCCAAUGGAGGAAUAUUUCCUGAGACGCAUCAGCCUCGACUGCUGCAGAUUCUUCUCAAAGAUUACAGCAUCCUUUCUACGAUCCUGACACGACUGACCAAUUAUAUGAUCUUCCAGAAAGGAGUUGGAGAUGUGUUUGGACCUCACACGCAGCCCACAGACGCAGACUUCUGGGACAUGUGGACAGGACUGCGCUAUAACGAUGGAAACUUGGUGUUAGACAGCAUUCUGCAGUACAUCAACCAAAGACUGAAGCACCGGGAGAGGUGGGUGGGAGCGCUCUCCUCCACUUUGGUCCCAUUGCACAUAAUCUACGGCCCCCUGGACCCGGUUAACCCUCACCCACACUUCAUGAGACUUUAUCAGAAGUUGGUCCCCAGAUCCACUGCCACAGUCUUGGACAAGCAUAUCAGCCACUACCCCCAGCUGGAAGACCCCCAAGGCUUCCUCAACGGUUAUUUUAAUUUCAUUCAUUCAUUCUGA